CAGAAUGACUACAAUAUGUUCAUAUUUAAAAAUGUUGAGCUCACUCUCUCCCUCUCUCUCUCUCUCUCACCCUAUAUAUAGCUCAGGCUAUAGCAGUUUCCAUUCAGUGACGAUAACCUUUCUCUCUAUCUCCUUUCCUUGAGAGAGAGAGAUUAAGAAAUGGCUUCUUCAACUUUGGCUUUUCUUCUCUUGCUUUGUUAUCUUGGUUUGGUGUUUAAGAUCACCAUGGGAGCAGCACCAAGAAAGCCCAUAGAUGUGCCAUUCCAAAAGAACUAUGUGCCCACAUGGGCUUUUGAUCACAUCAAGUACAUCAAUGGUGGAAAUGAGGUCCAGCUUUACUUGGACAAAAACACAGGAACUGGGUUUCAGUCCAGUGGCUCUUACUUGUUUGGCCACUUCAGCAUGCAAAUGAAGCUAGUCCCAGGGGAUUCUGCUGGCACAGUAACUGCAUUUUAUCUAUCAUCUCAGAACUCAGAGCAUGAUGAGAUAGACUUUGAGUUCCUGGGCAACAGGACAGGCCAGCCUUACAUACUGCAGACCAAUGUGUUCACAGGGGGUAAAGGGGACAGAGAGCAGAGGAUAUACCUCUGGUUUGAUCCCACCAAGGAUUACCAUUCCUACUCUGUUCUCUGGAACUUGUACCAGAUUGUGUUCUUUGUGGAUGAGGUCCCAAUCCGGGUGUUCAAGAACUGCAAGGAUGUCGGCGUCCGGUUCCCGUUCGACCAGCCGAUGAAAAUCUACUCCAGCCUGUGGAAUGGCGACGACUGGGCCACCCGCGGGGGCCUGGAAAAGACCGACUGGUCGAAGGCCCCAUUCAUAGCCUCAUACCGCAGCUUCCACAUCGACGGCUGCGAGGCCUCCGUCGAGGCCAAGUUCUGCGCCACUCAGGGCAUGCGGUGGUGGGACCAGAAAGAGUUUCAGGACCUCGACGGCGCGCAAUACCGCAGCCUGAGCUGGGUACGCGACAAGUACACCAUCUACAACUAUUGCACCGACCGCUCCAGGUACUCGUCCGUGCCGCCCGAGUGCGCCAGGGACAGGGAUCUCUGAACCGCAGAAAACCAAUUAAUCUUUCCGUUAAUUCAUUAGCUUCAUAUAUAUUCAGAUCAUUGCGUACGUGUUGUUGCAUCUCCACGUGACUCGCGUGAUUAUUAUUUAUUUAUUACUAUUAUUAUUGUUAUUUAUUUAUUGCUCUACCAUGCAUGAUCCUGUAUGUGUCACUUCAUCUUUCAAAAUGUGAUCGAGUACAAAGUCCUCUAUAUAUAUACAUGUCAUUUUCAAAUUAUUUAUUGGUGUAGAUGUAAAACAAGAGGAGCAUUAAUUAUAUAUUUGUGGGCUUACA